AUGAAUUUAGUUGAUCAAAUUUAAAGAUAAUUUUAAGAACUCUCUAAAAUUUUUCUUAAUUGUAAAAUCAAAAUUGAAUAUAUUUUAGGUCUUUUUGAAGUUUCAAUCAAUUUAGACUAAAAUAAUCGACAACUUUUAAGAUUAGAAUAGAUCAUUAAAUAAGCCGCAAUUGACAUUUUAGAAGAAUUUUAGCUUUAAAAAGAAAUUAACUAAUAGGAUUAAAACAUUAAACCUAAUAAGCAGUUAAUUUAGAUCAAAAUAAAAAGAAGAGUUGAAACCUAAAAUUAAGACAUAAGUACUAAACAGGACAAUUGUAAAUCACUUUAAAAUUAGUCAUUUUUUGAAGAUAGUAAAAUUGAAUAAUUAACGCCAUAAAUAACAAUAAAACAACCUUUUGGAUAGGCUUGCUUUAUCUGUUAAAAUAAUAAUUGUUUAAAAUAAUAAAAUAGUAAAAUAAUUGAUGAUAACCACUAUUUUUAUCACAUUGAUUGCUUCACGAAAGCUAAAUUUAAUAAUUUAAGUGUAGAUAAAAUGGCAGAAAUAUACAAAACGAAAAUUUGUAAAAUUUGUGAUAAAAAUGGGGCUUUUUAUUAAUGUGAAAAUUGCGAAUUAUGGUAUCAUUAUUUUUGCAUGUCAUAAUAAUAUCAGAAUAAAAAAGAUAUUAUUGAUUGCCCUUGCAAACCAAUAGACAUCUUUUAAGCAUAAGAUAUUGAACUCUAAGCAGAAGAUUUUAUUUUAAAUAAAAAAAAAAUUAAACUUGAUCAUAUAUCACAAAAUACAGAUUUAUUUUCUGAUAUCUCUUUUAAAAAUGAAUUAAAAUUAAUGUGA